AUGGCAGCCGAGGUAGGGGUGCUUGAGCUGCCCUUCAGCUGCGAUGAGCAGCUCACCCGGCGCAUGCGGCUGCGAUUCCAGAGCCUGCAGCAGAGAAACACGAGGCCCCAGGAUGGUGAGAGGCUGCUGCGUCCCAACGAGCACAUCUACCGAGUGGAUUUCAUCCAGCAGCACAAACUGCGCUUCCUCCGCUGGAACGUGCAGCUGGAGAGCCCUGGGAAGGUCACAGUGACUGGCACCUCCCAGCACUGGACUCCUGAUCUCACCCACCUGAUGAACCGGCAGCUGCUGGAGCCAGUGGGCAUCUUCUGGAAGAAGCUGGGGGCCGAGGAGGUGGAGUGCAAUGAGGCAGAUGCCCAGGAAUUUGGGGAGCGGAUAGCAGAAUUAGCCCAGAUCCGCAAGGUGAUGUAUUUUCUCCUCACUUUCACUGGUGGCCUCGAACCAGCUCAGCUGAAAGGCUCCAUUGUUUUUAAAGCCUGAUCCCCUCUUGCUCAGCUUUUCUCGCUCCAGCUAUGCUUCUUUCAGUUCAGUUCUUUGUUCCAUUUUUACAUCUGUUUUUUUUCUUUUUAAUGAGAGACAGCACUGUGGUAAAGCAGAGAACAACUCAGUGCUUCUGGAGCCCCUCAGCCCUGUGAAAUAUUCCCCAAAUGUGCUGCUCUCUGUCUAAAUGAUGAGAAGGGGACCAUGAGCUUCCUGCUGCAUUUGCCUGAAGUAUAAGACUGUGUGCUUGUGAAUUCAUCAGGGAUUCACUCAGGGUCUUACUGGCUUGGAAAUACGAGGCUGCCCUAAGUCCUCUCACUGCACAACAAAAACCCACUGGAAAAAUAAGUAAUUGCCAUACCAGAAAACAGCAGGGACCCCUGGAGAGAGCCCUGCUUUCCAGUUUCCAUCCUUGCCAUUGUUUGUGAUGGAGUGUCUCUCCUUGCAAGGUGCUGGGUGCUUGCAGGCUCUGGUGACUUGUGCUGCUGCUGUGGCUGCUUGGAGUCUCUGAAGAUCAGUCCCAUGGAGAAUCCACCUUGCUGUGAAGCUGAAGUACAUACAGUUGGACUCGCUGUGUUCUGCAGAUUGUAAACCCACUGGACUAAUGGGGAGGUUGGACCAGCCUUUUCUGACCACUGCUACCAUUUCUUGCUGGGGGGAUUGUGGAAUUUGUUGGUCCAGGAUGGGUUGGAGCAGAUGUGUGUGUGGGGGCAGAGCCAGCAGCUCAGAGCAGCCUAGACCAGCAAUGAGUCCUCUGCAACAGAGCUAAUUUGUGCUUUAUUCUGUCCUUAAAGCACCUAUGAAAAUAUUUACUCUGAAGUGUCUAUAGAGAGCCAUGAGGCUGCAGGGCACUUUGCAAGCCACAGAGCAGAACCUGCUGCUUCUGUCCCUGAAAAGCAGUGUCUCCUGCCCUCUAAAACACAGGGAAGGGUGUCUGGGUGACCAAGGGAGCAGAGGGGAGUGGUACAUUUAUAAGUAUUGGAACAGCAGAGUGUUUUGUUCCCAGUUUGCCCCAUGACUGCAAGUAAAAUGCUAUGUUUCAUGUUUCCUUUUCCUCCACCAAAAAGUGGAGAGUACUUCAAUGAAGCUUCUGAGACACACAGAUAGAAAAGUCCCUUUAAAGAGUCCAACAUCUUCUCCAAACCUCCAGCGAUGCAGACCGUAUGCCUUCCCCAGCCCAACAAUAGUGUGUAAAAUGACAUGCACAAGUUAUGCCAGGCAGAGAGGAGAAAGAAAGCAGACCAGCUAUUGGCUGGAGAGAUGGUGGGAGCUCAGUCUUGCCCAAAACCAAGGCCCAGUAACCACCAAAUCCUACAGCCAUGCCAUGGCCAUUGCCAGACAAGUUGAUGUGUUUGUUUAGACCCUAAGAAAUGCUGGACUUGGUGAGUAGAGAGAAAAGUGGAUGCAUCCAUGCUUGGACAAACACACCUCUAGGGUCCUAGCAGACUGCCAUAAAAAACCCCUCCUUGUACAUCCCAGAGCAGAGCUCCUGACUACAAACCACUUUAGACCAAAUAACAGGAGCCACUGGCAACAUCCAAAGGGGUUAUUGCAUGCCAAGUCUCACAAUAUGCCAUUGCUACGUUGCUAGGGUAGAGUUCUUGCUGCAGAUAUCCCGCUGGGUGUUGGUGUACCACAGUAAAU